CAGAAGGGAGGGGGAUUGUUCUGUGUUAGCCCAGCAUUGGAUGUUUCGAGAGAGGGAGUGGACCGUGCCUUUCUCUCUCCUCCUCUCUCUUUCUCUGUCUCCAUCACUAUGGAGUUGAGGCGAGGAAACCACACAGCCAGAGGAAGCAUGCAUGAGCUCAGAGAGCUGAAACAAAAGGCACACUAUCUAUCACCCGCUAGAUCAUUCCUGGAACCUGCACUUCCAUUACAGUGAUGAGCGUAAGAGAGAGGCUGAGCAGGACAUGUUACCAAGGAGACUACAAUGAUGAAAUGCAUUAGCGUCUCGUUUUCCUUGUUUCCUGAAGUCUGAAGGAACUUAAAUGCUGUUAUGCCAGGCUCUGCCACUCAGGAGAACGUCAUGAAGUCCCAGCAGAGGUGUAUUGCUGUGUUUGCACUGGUUUGCUGCUUUGCUGUCCUGGUCGCUUUAAUUUUCUCUGCUGUGGACGUCUGGGGAGAGGAUGAGGAUGGUGUCACUGAGGAGAACUGCAGCAAAGAUUGUCGCAUUGUCCUUGUGGAGAACAUCCCAGGGGAGCUGUCAUUCAAUAGUUCAAACCAUGUUUCUCUCACUGUGGGUCUCAACCACCUUUUGGACCAAGCAAAAUUGUCAAUUGAGAUAGUGUCCCCAUACUGGGAUCUGACCUCCAUCGAUCAGGAGUCACGGCAUUAUUCUGCGUAUCAGGGUCAGUAUUUGUUUCAGAGAUUAUUAAGCCUGAAGUCUCGAGGUGUCAAAUUAAAGAUUGUCAGAGACCAGCCCGAUUCCAUCUGUAAUGACCGCUAUGUAGAAGAGCGCUACGUCAACAUGACGGCCCUCACCAGAGGUAGACUGCUUUCCUCCUUUUGGGUAGUGGACAGGAAGCACAUUUACAUUGGCAGUGCUGGCAUGAACUGGAAGGCACUGUCCAAGCUGAAGGAGCUGGGGGUGAUCGUGUAUGACUGUAGUUGUCUGGCUCUGGACCUGCACAGGAUCUUUUCUUUCUACUGGCAGCUGCAUUACAGAGACUACAUCCCUUCAAUCUGGUCCAAGAGAGUCACGGCCGUGUUCAGCAGAGACAAGCCCCUCCAGCUCAGACUCAACAAUACAGACGCUUCUGCCUAUGUGUCGGCGUCUCCAGAUCUGUUUUGCCCCAAAGGUCGAAGCAGAGAUAUAGAUGCUGUACGACAUGUGAUUCGAGAAGCAAAGAGAUUCAUCUACAUCUCUGUAACUGAUUACCUGCCCUUAGUCAACCGCACCUUCAGAGGAUCAGCAAUCAUAAGAUACUGGUCGCCAAUAGAUGAGAUGCUCCGGGAGGCUGCAGCACUGAGAGAGGUCAAAGUUCGUCUCUUAAUCGGUCUGUGGAGACAUACACAUCCCCUGACCUUUAGCUUUAUGUCAUCAAUGCAGGCUCUUUGCACAGGACUGCCAGUCUGCUCUAUAGAGGUGAGAUUUUACAGUGGCAAGGAGCAGAUGGGAGGAUUACAACACAGGAUAAAUGAGAAUAAAUAUAUGGUGACAGACAACGCAAUAUACAUUGGGAAUCUGGACUGGGUUGGGAGUGAGUUUGCCUUAAACGCAGGAGCCGGGCUGGUGAUUCAGGAAUCGGAGAACCAGCAGAAAGGGCCUGACUCGAUUGUAGAGCAGCUGACUGGUGCUUUUGAAAGAGACUGGUUUUCACCUUACACAAUAAGCCUGCUAUCUGGCAGCACAACCCUUCAGGAGAGCCAACAUGGGAGGCAGAAACUGCAAUCUCUGAAGACAAAAGCAGAGAGCAGAGAGCAUGAGUGAGCGGUGGGAAUGUCUCUCUGAAGCGGGACCAAUACGCCAAGGACUUUGUGCCUCAGAACAUCUGCGCCAUGACUUACAAUUUGAGUUUUCAAAUGCUGUCAAUGGAACUGAAUUAUAAUCUCUGAAGGACUUCUGUGAAGGAAAAGGAUUCUUUUUAACAUUACACAGUACAGCA